ACCAAAAAAAAAGCUAACUAAAGAUGUUAAGAUAAAAUUGCGGAGGCGGCUGAAAAUCAUUGGCAGCAGCAAUCGCUUGCUUUUUGUUGUUGUAAAUUUUACAACCGCGCGCGCGGCAAUCUUGCAUAUUUCAUGUACAGCACUUUUUUAUUUGGUAAUUUUCUUACUUUUCUCUUUUCGUUCCAUCGUUGUCGGUGCUUCUAUGCUGCUUACCUACCGACUUGCAACACCCGCACUGCACUGCAUACGGGACAUUGCGCUUGGGCAUGUGCGCGUCCACAAUACACAAUAGAAGCCGAGCGGCAGCCGGGGCGGCUAAGCAAAUGGAUGACUUUACCGCGAGUGCUGGUGAUCAUGCCACCAAGGCUGCUGCUGAUGAUGAUGAUGAUGUCAAUAUGAGCGCAGAUGCAUUUGCCUUUGGCGGUGUCGGCGGCGGCCAUAGCGGCGGUGGCGACAAUCCUCUUGCCAACUUUAAUGAUGACGCCAUGAUAGAUAAUGUCUACAACGAUGCUGAUGCGGUUGCUGACUUGGCGAGCACUGAUGGUGGCGACGACGACAACAACGACGAUGUCGAUGACAAUGAAGACAACAAUGCCGGCAAUGACAUUUUAAUGCUGCUCAGUGGCGAACAAGAUGUCAUGAGAUUCCUGAGUUGGGCCAUGCAGCAGCUCUAUCCAUAUCAGCAUUUUGCCAGUGUGAGCGGCAAUAGCGGCGGCGGCGGUGGCGGUGGUGGUGGUGGUGGUGCGGAAUAUUACCACCCAAGCAUGUACAACUGGAAGAAAUUGAAUUUAUCCGGACACGUUGAGCCGCCAUUGGUCGCAGACGAGCCGCAUUAUGUUAUUGUACGGCGGGAGCCGCUAGAAGAGGAUCUGCAAUCGGACCCGCCGUACAAAGACGAUCCAUUCAUACCGCCGCGCGGUCGCAAACACAAUUUGCCCGAUCUGGAUGCAUUGCUCAAUCGUUACGAGACAUUUGUGCCGAAUCGCGGCAAACGCGACAAAAUCAAAGACCUUUUCAAGUAUGACGAUUUGUUCUUUCCGAAUCGCGGUAAAAAGUUGAAGCCGCCAAAGGCUGCAACGUUGGCGCUUGGCGGCCAAUGGCAGCGUAGCCCUGGUGACGAUGAGGCGAACGAGGUGACGGGAAGCUAUAGUGAGAAUGAAGGCAAUGCCAGCGAUAGUGAGGAGAGCGUGCGGUUGUUAGACAAUCAAGUUGAUGGCAACGAUGACAGCAACCUGACAGCGCCGCCUGUCAGAGACGCCAUACGCCGCAUGCAGGGCGGUCGGAAGAGACAUUUGCAACCGCAUGAACUUGGCUUGGCAGGGUCAGGGCGGGACGCAGGCGCUGAUGAUGGUGAAACGAUACGAAUUUUGUUUGACAAGAGCAGCGAUGACAACGGCAACAAUUACAGUGACACAAUUGACAACAAUCUAGCGGCUGUUGUUGAUGGCAAUGGUGAUGGUGGAAAGGACGCCGCCGCCGUCGCAGCAAUUGUUAACUGGCUGCAGAGCAACACAGCUAUAAAAAAAGAUCUAUUUAAUGAGAACGAUCAAUCAGUCACAUCAUUGGUGCCACAAAUAGACGCGCGUGACACUUUGGCUGCCGCAAUGGACGAAAGGCCUGCAAUAUUUUCCGCACAACAGCUGCUGGUGCCCGGCGCAUUUACAGAUCCACGCAUGCGUCGCGUGGCGCGCACAUUCGCCGCUGCGACAAGGCCCGCAGCUAAUCAUUGGCUUUCAAUGUUGUCGAUGACAAGGCAGCCUCAACAAACAAUUCGACAGCAAUUGCAUUACGAUCAACGGCGACGAGCAACAGUACAACAGCAACAACCAACCAAAUCAGCGCUGCGCUUCUACGGCCGCCAUUUGCGCCAUGAACAACUACAAAAUGAACCACGGCAGAAAAAGCAGGCGCAACGGCGCGCUGCCUGGCAGUUAUCACUGCUGCCAACACCAGCGCGCGCCAGCAACAACGAUUUCGAUCUUUUGUUCGCGCGGCAUUUACAACAAUCUAACAGACCAUCGAUGAUAGUGCAACAUCCGUCAUUGACAUGGUGGCAACCAAAGCAAUUGCAAUUGCAGCAACAUUUACUAGUUGGUCCAGUUGAUGAUGGUGUCGCAGCUAGGCGCAGCAGCUCCCCAGAGAACACAGAAACCGAUUGCAGUGAUUUUAGCAUUUAUGUUAGUGUUCGCGUUGUUUGUUCGGUUGAUACCAGCUGUAGUGAUGUAAUGCACGAAUAUUUUUUUUUCACUUUUUCCACAGACCCGCCGUACAAAGACGAUCCAUUCAUACCGCCGCGCGGUCGCAAACACAAUUUGCCCGAUCUGGAUGCAUUGCUCAAUCGUUACGAGACAUUUGUGCCGAAUCGCGGCAAACGCGACAAAAUCAAAGACCUUUUCAAGUAUGACGAUUUGUUCUUUCCGAAUCGCGGUAAAAAGUUGAAGCCGCCAAAGGCUGCAACGUUGGCGCUUGGCGGCCAAUGGCAGCGUAGCCCUGGUGACGAUGAGGCGAACGAGGUGACGGGAAGCUAUAGUGAGAAUGAAGGCAAUGCCAGCGAUAGUGAGGAGAGCGUGCGGUUGUUAGACAAUCAAGUUGAUGGCAACGAUGACAGCAACCUGACAGCGCCGCCUGUCAGAGACGCCAUACGCCGCAUGCAGGGCGGUCGGAAGAGACAUUUGCAACCGCAUGAACUUGGCUUGGCAGGGUCAGGGCGGGACGCAGGCGCUGAUGAUGGUGAAACGAUACGAAUUUUGUUUGACAAGAGCAGCGAUGACAACGGCAACAAUUACAGUGACACAAUUGACAACAAUCUAGCGGCUGUUGUUGAUGGCAAUGGUGAUGGUGGAAAGGACGCCGCCGCCGUCGCAGCCAUUGUUAACUGGCUGCAGAGCAACACAGCUAUAAAAAAAGAUCUAUUUAAUGAGAACGAUCAAUCAGUCACAUCAUUGGUGCCACAAAUAGACGCGCGUGACACUUUGGCUGCCGCAAUGGACGAAAGGCCUGCAACAUUUUCCGCACAACAGCCGCGUGUGCGCGGCGCAUUUACAGAUCCACGCAUGCGUCGCGUGGCGCGCACAUUCGCCGCUGCGACAAGGCCCGCAGCUAAUCAUUGGCGUUCAAUGUUGUCGAUGACAAGGCAGCCUCUACAAACAAUUCGACAGCAAUUGCAUUACGAUCAACGGCGACGAGCAACAGUACAACAGCAACAACCAACGAAAUCAGCGCUGCGCCUCUACGGCCGUCAUUUGCGCCAUGAACAACUACAAAAUGAACCACGGCAGAAAAAGCAGGCGCAACGGCGCGCUGCCUGGCAGUUAUCACAGCUGCCAACACCAGCGCGCGCCAGCAACAACGAUUUCGAUCUUUUGUUCGCGCAGCAUUUACAACAAUCUAACAGACCAUCGAUGAUAGUGCAACAUCCGUCAUUGACAUGGUGGCAACCAAAGCAAUUGCAAUUGCAGCAACAUUUACUAGUUGGUCCAGUUGAUGAUGGUGUCGCAGCUAGGCGCAGCAGCUCCCCAGAGAACACAGAAACCGAUUGCAGUGAUUUUAGCAUUUAAAGUUUAAUUUUUCCGCUGUUGGCUCCCCUAUUCUUGCUCAUCAUUUUUGGCAUUUUUGUGGCGAUCAAAGGUUAUUGCAGAAACGAUUUUACGUUAACUUAAAGUAGUGGCAUGAAGUGGUAAUGUAUUGAAACGGAUUGAAAAUAAAAUACAAAAACAAGUAACGAAAAUGCACUCACAUACCUACAUCUACAUACAAAUGUGUGCGCCGAUAGCAGCAAGUUUUGUCAUUCUCCCUGACUUGUGAUUUGAAGCAUUUGAAUAGGAACUAAUUAUGAUAUACUUUUUCAAUUAGAAAUUCUUAAUGUAUAAAAUAUAUACGGUAUGUAUGUAUAUAUAAACGA